AUGCAGUGCCCAGAUGCAGACCUAACGGUGUUGCAGCAGCAACAGCAGCUGAAGAAGAACGCCAGAGAGGAGAAGGCAGCAAAGGUGCUCGCACGUGCCGGCAGCAGGUCAGCAUCUAUUGGCGUUGUAGGUCCCAUGGGUGGCACAAGUGAUGUCCCACAUGUGCCAAACGAAGGCCAAACCGAGGAGCCCGGCCCCGCAGAGAAUCGCGAGACAGGUGUGCCAGACGAAGGCCAAACCGAGGAGCCCGGCGCCACAGAGAAUCAGGAGACAGGUGUGCCAGACGAAGGAAAACCCGAGGAGCCCGGCGCCACAGAGAAUCCGCAGACAGGUGUGCCAGACGAAGGAAAAACCCAGGAGCCCAGCCACACAGACAAGCCGAAGGGCAAAGGCCCAAAACGGUCACAGGCCACUGCCGAAGAGGGUGGGGAAGCGAAGAAGCAGAAGACCACGAAGGAGGCCAAUGCCAGCAAGCAAGGCUGUGCUGUCAACUGGCAGAAGCACGGCAUGGACUACGGCUGGAGACUGUCGAUGCUGUUGGCGGGAUGGAUCAACAGGUUGCAGGCCGCCCACUACGUCGCGACGAUUGCGGACGAGAAGCACUGGUCGACCUACGACAUCCAGACCUCGCCCCUGGAAGAGAACAUCCUCUCGACGACGGGGUUUCUGAACCUCUUGAAAAAAACCUUGCGAGUGCAGCCCGGAGGUGUGAUGAUUGCCAACCGCAUCUGCACGAGAUUCUGCAUGCUGCUGUACUUGGCCACAGACUUCGCCAGAGGUGCGGCAUCGGUGGUGAGGUUUGCUUUGAUAGCUGCUGACGUCCCAGCUACAAUGGGAAAGCGUGGCGACACGGCAGCUGCGGCUACACCAGUGUCUGCAAAAGUGCAGGCAAUGGUCCAGAAAGCUUUGCAGCAACAUGGAAAGAACAAGGAUAAGCCUGACAGUGGUGCCAGCAACCCACGCCCGUUGGCAACACCGGCCCGCCCUCCCAUCAACACCCCGAUGAUCGAGACCCCGCCAGCAGCCCCAGAAAAGACUGCAAUGCCGGGACUAACCCAAGAUCUCGCCGGCACCCAGCCAGAUGAGGAGACACGGGGGCCACAGCUCUUCUGUGGCAUGGCCUGCUUCAUGAAGUCUAUGGAGACACCAAAGGAACCGGCUGCCGCGACGGCACCACAAACAGAGCCCGAUCCCGAGUCAGCCCCGGCAGCCAAGGCCACCCAAGCAGAAGUGGAAACACAGGUGUUGGAUCCUGAGCCAGCCGUUAGCCUGCCACCCCCGGAGCAAAAGGUGGAACAAAAUCCGACCGCAUCCCCGACAGCUUCGAAGGCCAGUGCUUCAGUCUCUGCAGGAUGCACUUCUGCGACUGCAGAGGCUUCUGGCGGAGCUUCUGUGCAUGUCACAGCGACCUGCUCGACGGUUUCAGCAAAGGCAUCGGUUGAGGGCCAAGAGGCCCCUGUGAAGUCGGUGAGCAGGGGUGCCAAGGAUGACCUCGAGAUGCAUCUGGAGCGACUUCUGGACGAGCAAGAUGAGAUCGAGAAUGCCCAGCAGCGAGCAGGUGAGGCUGAGCAGCGAGCCAAGGCUUUGCAAUCCCUCCUUUCGGCACUUUUGCAGCAGCCGGCAGAGCUGACUGGAGAGCGCUCGGCCUAUAUCCAAGCCAUGCUGCGAAGGCCGGCCACUUGCGACAUCGAGGACGUGACCCGGAAAUUGUGCUCUGGAGUGGAGACCCAGCCAGGGUCGGACAGGACAGUUGUGCACAUGCAGGUCGACAAGGAGCCGGCAGCGGAGACCCCAAAGGAGUCUGUGCCGGCAGGUGUGCCAGCUGAGACCUCGACAAAGGAGUCAGUGCCGGCAGGUGCGCCAGUGGAGACUUCGACAAAGGAGUCAGUGGCAGCAGGUGGUGUGGAGACCUCGACGAAGGAGUCAGUGCCAGCAGCCAUGGACACCUCGACGACGGAGUCACUACCAGCAGGUGCCGUGGAGACGACAAAGGAGUCAGGGCCAGCAGGUGCCGUGGAGACGACAAAGGAGUCAGUGCCAGCAGGUGUCAAAGUGGAGACCUCUGCGCCAGCAGGUGCCGUGCAGCCCCUGAAAGCCGUGAAGAACGAGCCAGGUGUGAAGCCAGACCGGGAGAACGAGACCGAAGAGGAUCGCAGCUCACCCAAUUGUCCGGCGGAGGUGCGGGCGAAGGCUCUUUUGCCGAACGGCCAGAAGCGGUCCACCUCGGUUAUGCGCCACAUGUAUGAGAUGUGGAUUAGCUGCGACUGCGAUUGGAUGCAAAGUUCCAUUGUGCUCAAUGCAAAGAAGUCCAACAGGACGAAGAGGCAUGGAGUUGCUAUCGCGGAUGACAUUCGUGCUUCCAAGAAGGCCCUGGACCCCAGCGGCCAAGGCCGUUGGUGGAAGGUUCAUCCCGACCAACCGAAGAACGAGGACUGGGAGCUUUUCAAGUGCUUCGACUCCCGAGAGGAGGUUUCGGAGUCGGAGGAUGAGCUCGAGUUCGGGGUACAUGCCGACGUUGGCUUGGACCAUGAGGGUACCACGGGUGUGUUGGGCGAUGCAUUUGCAAAAGCUAUGGUUGCCGACAUGCAAUCUGACAUCAAUAAGAUGAAAAAUCACCACGCGCGACUUCAGCAAGCGGCUACGAACAAGGUGGGUGACAAGGAGAUGGAGAAGUUGAAUGAGCAGCUCAAAGCGAGCUAUGCCGUGUACGAUGAGAAGAUGAAAUCGGUCAAGCGUGCACUUCGUCCGGCCCCGAAAGCAAAGGCCAAAGGAAAGGCCCAGGCCAAAGCAGCUGCCUGA